AUGGCGGGCUCAGAGGACAUCACCGACUUCGAGGUGAUUGAGAACCAGAAGGAAAACAUCCAGUCCCUGCCCGGCGGCCGUUCCGCGAGGAAGCUGGCCGGCCUCUUCUCUUCUCCUCUCCACAAACUGUCCACGCCGACACCGACCGACACGAGAAACAUCAACGACGCCAUCCGCGCAGAAUUUGAGGCGGAAAUCGACAACUUAUCCGAAUCCGACGACCCCUUGGAUGUGUUUGACAGAUAUGUGCGCUGGGCGAUCGACGCGUAUCCAUCAGCGCAGGCGACGGCCGAGUCACAACUGCAUACGAUCCUCGAGCGCGCGACGAAGGCGUUCAUCAGCUCCUCUCAGUACAAGAACGACCCCAGGUACCUAAAGCUGUGGAUGUACUACAUACAGCUGUUCUCCGACACGCCUCGCGAGACGUUUCUGUUCCUCUCUCGGCACGGAAUCGGCGAAGGCUUGGCCCUGUACUACGAAGAGUACGCUGCGUGGCUCGAGGGUGCAGGUCGAUGGGCGCAAGCAGAGGAAGUCUACAAGCUCGGAAUCGAGCGAGAGGCGCGGCCAGUUCAGAGGCUGCUGCGCAAGUUCAAGGAGUUUAGCGAGAGGCUUGCUCAACAUCCAGACGCACUGGCAGAGCCCGCGUCACCAGCUCUGCCCACCGUCCGUCCUGCGCUGGCCAGCAAGACGGAUCCCUUUGCGAGCUCGUCACACCCAGUCGACCCACAGGCUCCUAGGCAGACAAGUGGCAUCGGCGGGAGCUCGUCUCGGCCUGCAAAGUCCAAGAUGGCCAUCUUCUCUGAUGCCGAUGCUCAACAGCCCGCCAUGUCGUCAAGAGAUGCAGCAUCCAAGGGCUGGGAUAGCAUUGGAUCACUGGCGGAUCGGAAGAAGGAAAACACGAUGGAACCGAAGCCGUGGGUGGGAGAGACGCUCAAGGCGGGCGGUAGGAAGCCCGCGGCUGGGGGAGCCAAGCUGGCAGUGUUCAGGGAUCCGUCCCUUGCUCAAAUACAAAAUAUUGUUGUUGUUCCGUCCAAGCAUCAAGUAACGGUACAUCCGCAGACGGGGAAGAAGGAGUACAUCUUCGUUGACCUUGCAGCCGUAUAUCCAACCCCUGAGGAACCCGGUACAGAGCUGAGUUUCGAGGAGAUUAUUGCCGCACAUCGUGGCUGGCUCGACCGCGUGUGGGAUACUGAAAUGGCGACUGAGGACUACGCUCCAGAUCGCAUGGUGCCGCUACGUGAUAUGGAACAGGCGACGACAGAGCAGCUGGUUAAUCACCAAGAUUACGACCCAAUGGACCUCGAUGAGAAUGGCGUCGCACAAGAGAAACCUCGAGAACCCCGUGCGGGUAGGAGAAAGAAGAUGAUGGAGGUCAAUGAGACGCAGAUCAUCAAGGCAAAGCUCGACUCUCCGUCGGGACCAAAGCUUCGCAAGAAGAAAGCAGCGGAGCCUACUAUGACUAUUCACACGAAAGCCGCGACAGACGAUAUAUACGAAAUCUUUAACGCACCCCUCAAGGCAGCACCUGUGGAAGGGGACGAGACUGGGACCGAUUAUGAUGACGAAGACGACGAAGAUGAAGACGACGAUGACGACGACGACGGCGAAGACGAUGGCGAUGAAGACGAAAUCGUGACUGACGCCGACUUUGCAAGUGAUGUCGAGAGUACAGGCACCACGAGACAGAUUCAACAAGGGUUCAAGAGUCUAAUCACGUUUGACAUAGAUUUAACAUCACACAGCCUGGGUGGCGAUGCAGAAGAGGCAUUCUCCGAGGAUGAAGAAAUGGAACCGCCUAGGACACGCACCAUCUUCAUUCCCCUGCCUCCAGAAGAUUAUGAGCCACCGACACGCCCGUAUAGGGACGCGGCAACGAUGGCCAAUAAUCGGCUGCCCUUUAUGACACCUAUCACGGAAAGGACCGAGUACUCGAUGGAUGUCGACAUGGACCGAGCCUACCAGUUCAAGACUCCUAGCAAGCGGGAUGGUAGAGCUACGCCCAUUGAGGAGGCGUCGGAUUCGGAAUCAUCAGGCAGCCCUCUGAAAGAGAUAUACGCACACGAGAGUCCUUUUCUCAAAAGUCGAGAACCUCUGGGGUCCAAGGCAGCCAAAGCACCAAGUAAGACCGGCCCAAAUAGGGGUGUUCCUGUCAAAGGCCCCAUUGUUAAGGAAGCACAGUGCAGUCCCAUCGACGAUAAUAUCAGACGGAUCAUCUUGACGAACAUACAGCCCCCGUUGGCGGCGUAUCCCGGGUUCUACGAUCACCACAAUGAAAAGUACGAACGCGGCGGAGAGAUUCGCAGAUACGCCAAAGCUGUCGGCAGGCUGGGCAGGCCGAACUCGGAUAGAGCUGGACCAGGCAGCGCCCCUGUGGUGAUUCGCUUCGCCGACUGCCAAUCCAGAUAUACGGUGAAGAGGGAACUGGGCGCUGGCGCCUUCGCACCAGUCUACCUGGUCCAGAACUCGGAUCCAGACCAGGAUGACAACAAGGUGAUGAUGGGUAAGGGGGCCUUUGCCGUCUCUCAGCGUGCCGCCAUAGAGGCUCUGAAGAUGGAGUCUCCUCCCACGCCGUGGGAGUUUUACAUCAUGCGGACAGCCCAUGCGCGCUUGGGGCCUCAGCAUCGCGCCACGGCAUCAAUAUCGCUGGCACACGAAAUGCACCUCUACCAAGACGAGGCGUUCCUCUUCCUGCCCUUCCACCCUCACGGCACACUACUCGACGUCAUCAACUUCUUCCGAGCAGAGCCCUCGGGCGUCAUGGACGAGCAGCUUGCCAUGUUCUUUGCCAUUGAGAUAUUCCGCACCGUCGAAGCUCUCCACUCCAAGAGUGUCCUCCACGGCGACCUGAAGCCCGACAACUGCCUCCUCCGUCUGGACUCUAGGUCGGCCUCUUUCUCCUCGGACCAGGGUCUGUCCAGCAGAUGGCACGCGGAUGGCAGCGGCGGCUGGGACUCGCGAGGCAUCGUCUUGAUCGACUUUGGGCGAGGCAUCGACAUGAAGGCCUUCGCGCCGGAUGUGGAGUUCGUCGCGGACUGGAAGACGACGGCCCAGGACUGCCCCGAGAUGCGCGAGGGUCGGCCCUGGACGUGGCAGAUUGACUACUACGGCCUGGCGGGCGUCAUCCACUGCCUGCUGUUUGGCAAGUACCUCGAGACGGUGCGGUCGGAUCAGGGCGGGCUUGGGCUCGUCGGGCGCGGCGGGCGCAGGUACAGGAUCCGCGAGAGCCUGAAGCGGUACUGGCAGACGGACAUUUGGGCCGACUGCUUCGAGGUGCUGCUCAACCCGGCGUCGGUCCUGGCGCACGAGGACGGCGGCAGGAUGCCCGUGCUGCGGUCGAUGAGAGCCAUCCGCGAGCGCAUGGAGGCCUGGCUCGAGGAUAAUAGCGAGAGGGGGGCGGGACUCAAGGCUAUGAUGGCGAGGGUGGAGGCGUUUGUCAAGAGUCGCAGGUGA